CUCUUCUACGGUGAUACCCUCUAUGUAAGCAUAGUUAUCACUUUAAUAUAUUGUUGAAUAUACAUUUGGAUGCAGACUUGGAUGUGGUGAACGCUGGAGAUGUAUCCGCCCAGAUUGCCACGUUUCGUUUUAGUUUUCUGCAAUCCAUCUUUGUUUUUCUCAGCUGGGCGGAAUGACCCCGUCUCGAUCCCCGCUAUUUAGGUUGCGGUUGUUUUAAGAACAAGCGACGAAACAGAACAAAUGCACACACGAGCGCCAGACCCUGACUAAGGAUAAAGACGACGAGAUACACAAGGUGCCCGAUCGGUCAAUGCCAAUGAUCUUGUCAAGAUUGAUGGCAGAUUAGUUGGAGAAGAAGAAAGGAAGAGAAAGUGUACACCAACCGCCAUUUCAUGGGUGUUAUAUUCGAACGGAAACAGAGGGUAUGAAACAAGUUCAAAGACAUCACCUUCAAGUUCUCCCCAAGACUGACGCUCGCGCCUGGCAUUCUGACUGCACUUAUCACUUGCAAAGACCACACUUGCAGCCAUCCUCACCAUCCUGGUGAAUGGUUAUCGUCAGCCAAUCAUUGUCAUCGUCGUUCAGAGAGUUUGGGUAAAGGAAGCAAUCGCGUCCCCACUUCGUUACAACGGGGAAAGUAUGACCACCAAUUGCUCAAAGUAUCAAGCAAAGUAAAGUUGACAGUAACCGAUGUAUUGCUGGGACCGAUGUCUUGCUAUGACUGACGUCUUGCUGUGAGUAAUGUCUUGCUGUGACUGAUGUCUUGCUGUGACCGAUAUCUUGCUGUGACUGGCGUUUUGCUGGGACCGAUGUCUACUUGCGAAUGAUGUCUUGCUGGGACUGAUGUCUUACUGGGAUGGAUGCCCUGUUGACACUGAUGUCUUAUGUUGGAAAUGUCCUAGAAACUAUCAUGGAAAAUCUAUUGACAGAUAGCGGAUUACCUGCUUGAGCUGGAUAUUGAGUCACCACGAUGCCACGUUGCUGUGGUAAAGCGACAGGCCAUGAUGUGGUUGUUCUCGUGGCUGCUGCAUCUGUGCGUCUUCUCUUCAGUGGCUUGUGGUUCACUCCCGGCAUCCUGUACGUCGCCUUCAGGGACGCCUUCCAACAGAGUGCAGCCGUGACGUCAUGGAUCACGUCCCUCCAGUACUUCACUACCUGCAUCACAGGUGCAGUUGGGGGGUUCGUGAUGCCUCGUUUCGGCAGUCGACUGGUCACCAUGAUGGGAGGAAUCAUCCUGUCCGGUGGGCUGCUGACCAGCAUGUGGACCACUCACAUCGCUCACUUGUUCAUCACAUAUGGAGUGCUAGCGGGGUUUGGAGCAGGCCUCGGUUAUAUUGGGUGUUUGGAAGCUGUGAAAGAAACAUUCACCACUAAUGUUAACUUGGUUUUCGGAGUGAGUGCAUUUAUUGCCAACUUUGGGAUUAUGAUCUACCCACCUGUGCUGCAGCUUCUCAUUGAUACCUACACCUGGAGAGGGAUGUUCCUAGUCCUGGCGGGAGUAGAGCUCAACAUCAUUGUUGUUGCCGCAGUAUUCCCAGGACGUCAUAGACGUCCACAAGUCGAGACAUCCAUAGCACAAGAGACAGCCGAUGGAGAUAUAUGCUCAGAGAUAACUGAUGGGACUAAGGAUUCAUUAUUACAUGGUGGCUCCCCGGGAACAGAUCAGACAGUUUCACUGGAGGACAAGACGGUGAAACCAACCUUUCUUCAAAACCAUUAUUUUUUAAGGAAUCGACAUUAUCAUCUGUAUGUACUGAGUGGUACCUUGUUCCUGUUUGGAGCUGGGAUUAUACUGGGACAUUUGUCUGCCUAUACCCUGCAGAAUAAUAUUACAGAUAGCUAUGGAGCUGCCAUGCUGUAUACCGUCAAUGCUUUGUCAAUGGCGUGUGGAAAAUUACUCCACGGAGUUGUGAUAACGAAAAACAGAAUAAACCCUAUCAAACUCCAUAUAUUCGUGUGUGGAAUAGGUGGUCUUGCAACGUUGAUAUUCCUGUUCCAUAUUCCACUUCCGGUUCUAUACGCUUAUGUGGUAGUGUUUGGAGCGAGUAAUGCUAGCAUAGGGGGCGCGCUGAUGCCAUCCAUACUGCUACAAAUGGCAGGCUCGGACAACUUCUCCUUCUCCGUUGGCGUUUACACAGUGAUCACAGCCAUAGGAUCUCUCGUCGGAGCUCCAGUUGCAGGUUGGAUAUAUGACGUCACCAGUUCCUAUAGAACCCCGUUCCUGCUUGCGGCGAUAUCAAUGAUAUCAUCUGCAUUCAUCAUGGUGACUUCCUGUCAUCAGAUCAAGCCCGACCAGGCCAACACUAAAGAGGACAUUUAGAAUAUAUUAUGUUUACACAAUUUUGUAUAUUUACACUAUAAAGGUUAUUUCCGUUAAAAUAUG